AUGGAAUUUACUUCAGAAGUUGGUGCUGGGAAUAACUUUAUAAUCAAGUUGGCUGCACAACAAGUUGGAAAACUGAGGUGGAUCGUACUGGUGCAUCUUACUGAACGGCACACUGAUGCAGGUAAAGUGUUGGAGCCAUGUAAUGGCAGGAACUGCUCUACGUGCACAUGCCAACCUGCCAAAGGUGCCCGGGGGGCACCAGGGCAACUGGGUGAACAGGGGAUUCAGGGUGAGUAUGGCCCACACGGCCCACCGGGACCACAAGGUGAGAAGGGCAGACGAGGGGAGGAGGGGGAAGCAGGGCCUGAUGGACCUCCAGGGGACAGGGGGAUGACUGGUCUCCCAGGCUUUCCUGGAGCAAAUGGUGUGGAUGGCCAUGUUGGUGAUGGAGGUCUUCCAGGUCCACCAGGAUCAUGUGGCGCUAAAGGGUCUCCAGGGGGAAAAGGUGUCCCUGGGACACAUGGGUUGGAUGGAAUACCUGGACGACAUGGACCUAAAGGACAGAAAGGUGUGAAGGGGGAGCCGAGCUUCAUCAAUAUAUAUCAGGGGGACGCUGGAAAACCUGGUCCACCUGGUCCACCAUGUCCUUUUGUUAUACCUGGACCUGAAUAUCUUCCUAAAGGAGAAAAGGGACCCACAACAGGCCCUGGCAUGAAAGGGGAAAAAGGAAUUAUUGGAUUUCCUGGUUUACGAGGUCUCCCAGGUAAAGAUGGACCAGCAGGACUUCCAGGUCUACAGGGACCCAAUGGAGACCCAGGUCCACCUGGUCACCGAGGUCACCCUGGUCUGAAGGGUGAAAUGGGAGAUCCAGGUUUGAAAGGUCCUCUAACUGUUCUCAACACUGAGCGAGGGCCACCUGGUGAACCAGGGCCAUGUGGACCACCUGGGCUACCUGGGGAUUAUGGAUUAAUGGGAGAACCAGGAUUUCCUGGUCAUCCAGGAGAAACUUUCCCCGGACCACCUGGACAUCCUGGACUGCCAGGUUCUGAAGGACCCAAAGGGUUCAAAGGAGACUCAGGUCUGCUUAUUGAGUUUGAACCUGGACCUCCUGGGUUACCUGGGCUUCCUGGGAUCAAAGGAGUCCGAGGUCAACCUGGUCCAACUGUUAAAUUAGAUAAGUGUUGCCCUCCUUAUCCAGAAUCACCUGAGGAAAAAGGGGACAGAGGAUUGCCCGGGGUAAAAGGUGCUAAAGGGCAAAAAGGUUAUCCUGGGGAUAAUUAUUGCACUUCAAGUGGGGAACAGCCACCAGGUCCUCCUGGUCCUCCUGGACUCCCAGGAUAUGAUGGUGUUCCUGGAAGUACAGGAGAAAGAGGUGAUCCUGGAUCCCCAGGAGAUCCAGGUCUGCCUGGUGCUAUUGGACGCCGAGGCCCAUGUGGUCCCCAAGGUUACAAAGGUCAGAAAGGAGACACUUAUUUUUCAGCAGUAAAAGGUAUAAAAGGAGAUAGGGGUGAUCCCGGGCUCCCUGGUCAACCAGGAGAAAAUGGCCAGGAAGGUAUUUCAGGACCACAAGGUUCGGUUGGAGACCCAGGACCACCAGGAAAUGGAUAUCAAGGUCCAAAAGGAUACAAAGGUUUACCAGGAGCCAUAGGGCCUAAAGGUGACCCAGGGCCUCGAGGUCCUCAAGGCCAAGGUAUUCAAGGUCCAAGGGGGCUGCCAGGAGAACCAGGAAACCAAGGCAUUGAUGGUCUGCCUGGAUUUCCUGGACCUCCAGGUUCUCCUGGGCCUUCAUGUUGUCCUGAUAACCCUGGACCUCCAGGACCAAAGGGUGACACUGGAGCUCCCGGGCUACCAGGAGCACCUGGGGAUGCUGGUCCUGAUGGAAUCCCAGGCCCAAAAGGAGAACAAGGAGAUGAUGUCUUUGGAGGAUUUGGGCCUCAAGGUUUUCCAGGAUUACCUGGUGAUCCAGGUGAUCAAGGUCCCACUGGAAGUAGCUAUGCUGGCACACCAGGCUCACCUGGGCCACAAGGACCACCAGGGCUCAAGGGGUGUCAAGGUGAUAAUUUAUCUGGUAAUCCUGGACUUCCUGGACUAGUUGGAUUACCUGGAAGCCCAGGUCCAAAGGGUACUCGUGGUCUGUUGGGUCCUCCUGGAGUAACAGGAGAAAAUGGGCUCCCUGGUCAUCAAGGAUGUAAAGGGCAGGUUGGGGAUGAUGGGGACCCAGGUCCACCUGGAAUACCAGGGACUGUACCUAAUUUUUGUGCUGCUCUCCCAGGUCCGCCAGGUCCCCCAGGACCUGAGGGUCUGCCUGGAUUGCCAGGAUUGUAUAUUCAUGCAGGUAUAAAGGGAGAAAAAGGACUGAUUGGUAUUCCAGGAUAUGGCCCAAAUGGUCCUUCAGGCUCACCUGGCCUACCUGGCCCCCCUGGUUCCCCUGGGCCAAAUGGUUCAAAAGGAACAGAUGGUGAACCAGGACUACCUGGGCUUCCUGGGAUAAAAGGAAUGAAUGGGGAACCUGGUUUAGCUGGAGCAAAAGGAUUCCCUGGGAAGCCAGGUUUACCGGGGCCUCCAGGCAGGAAAGGAGAGAGUGGUGAUCAGGGGCCAACUGGUUUGACUGGAUCCAAAGGAUCCAAAGGAUCCAAAGGUGUUAAGGGAGCUCCAGGGACUCCAGGCAAUUUCACCAUGCUGAAAGGCAAAAGGGGCUUACCUGGACUCAAUGGUGAAUCAGGAUUCCCAGGACCUAGAGGUAAAAGGGGUCAAUCUGGGUUGCCUGGAAAACCGGGUCUGGAUGGAUUAGAUGGUGCCCCCGGAUUUCAGAAAGGUUUGCCUGGCUUGCCUGGAAGACUUGGCCUGCAGGGGCCACCAGGCCCACAAGGGCUCAAAGGAUAUCCAGGUGAUGGGGGAUUCCCAGGAUGCACUGGAGAGCAGGGUGAUAUAGGUUUUCCUGGAUUAAAUGGUCCCCCAGGCUACCAAGGGCUGCCAGGCAACAAAGGUGACAAAGGGGACAGUACUGGAUGUCCUGGUCCUGCUGGACCAAAGGGGAGUAAGGGUGAAAGUGUAUGCGUAGCUGAAUUUGGAGAUCCAGGAGACCCAGGGAAGCUAGGACAUCAAGGUCCACAGGGACAGCCUGGUCAUCCUGGUCCCUCUGGGCCACCAGGUCCUGAUGGAUAUCAAGGAAAUAGAGGUCCUCCAGGGCUUUCUGGUCCUUUGGGUCCUCCAGGCAUUCCAGGGUUUCUUGGACCUAAAGGGCAUCUAGGUCUACCAGGUCAGAAAGGAAUUCAAGGACCACCAGGUCUUGAUGGCCUAGAUGGACUCCCUGGUCCAAAAGGAGAGAACGGCUGGUGUGGUAAUGAUGAUGUUGGCCUUCCUGGGUUACAAGGUGAUCCAGGAGACCAAGGCCCACCUGGUGACCCAGGAAUCCCAGGAGACAUUGGGCUUGGGCCCAAAGGACAGAUUGGAUGUCCUGGACACCAAGGUCCCCCUGGUAAUCCAGGUCUACCUGGUGUCCCAGGUCCGCCUGGUCCUCCAGGUUUAGCUGUUUCUGGAGAUCCUGGAGAUGAAGGACCAUCAGGACUACCAGGGCAAGAUGGUGUAAGAGGUUCAGUUGGAUCCCCAGGAGAUACUGGCUUUCCUGGACCACCAGGAGUCAAAGGGCAGAAAGGACUUCCUGGUUUAAUAGGUUUACCUGGAUCAAUAGGUUUGAAAGGAACUGAUGGACCACCAGGGUUGAAAGGUGAAAAAGGGAUCACAGGGGCCAGGGGUCCCCAAGGUCGUAAUUGUACAGUGGUACCACCCACUCUGAACCCCCCUCAGUGUGGGCCACCAGGACAACCUGGGGUGCCAGGACCUCCAGGAUACCAAGGAGUAAAUGGACACCCUGGAAAUCCAGGAGCAAUUGGUUCCAAGGGUCAGACAGGCCCUUAUGGGUUACCUGGGAAACCAGGAACUCCAGGACUUCCAGGCCCACCUGGAGAUGCUGGAGAUCAUGGACAAGAUGGUUUUGUGGGGCCACAAGGCCCACCAGGGCUCCCAGGUGAGCCAGGUUUCCCAGGGCCAGUGGAUCCAGUGGACUCUGGCUUUCUCCUGGUUAUCCACAGUCAGUCAGAGGUGGUGCCGCAGUGUCCAGCAGGCAUGCCUUUACUCUGGAGUGGUUAUAGUCUUCUUUAUUUGGAAGGCCAGGAGAAAGCUUACACACAAGACCUGGGCCGAGCUGGCUCCUGUCUGCGUGUUUUCAGCACCAUGCCCUUCUCCUACUGUAACUCUGCCGCCUGUCACUACGCCAGUCGCAAUGACAAAUCCUACUGGUUGAGCACCAACAACCCUUUGCCUAUGAUGCCCAUAUCAUGCGGGGAGAUCUACCAAUACGUCAGCCGCUGUGUGGUGUGUGAAGCUCCAAGUCCAGCCGUAGCAGUCCACAGCCAGAACACCAGUGUGCCCAGCUGUCCAAUCGGCUGGAGAAGUCUAUGGAUUGGCUACUCAUUCCUCAUGCACACUGGCUCAGGUGAUGAAGGUGGUGGUCAGUCUCUCACCUCAUCAGGAAGCUGUUUGAAGGACUUCAGGACUCAGCCGUUUGUGGAGUGCCAGGGUCCACGUGGGACUUGCCAUUUCUUUGCCAACGUCUACAGCUUCUGGCUGACCGGCGUGAGCCAUGAGCAGGAGCAUGGCUUAGCACCAAAAACUCGCACUCUCAAGACCAUGUCGCAGCAGCGAGCGUGGAUCAGCCGCUGCCAUGUUUGCAUGAAGCAGUGA